ACUACUACUAUUUAUCAACCAACAAACGCAUUACAACACUACAACUCACCAUCAGGAAGAAUAUAAAAGCUGGAGAAUUGGACCAGAGUAAGCUAAGGAAGGUGAGAAUAUGUUCAACUCAAUUUACAUUUACAUAUCCAUGAUAACGCUGCUGGUGUUUGCCACCAUGAACGAGGGUGAAUCGACUAGGUUAGAAGACAUCAAAAAUGCGAUUUCGUAUGCUCGAAACCAAUUACUCCAAAUAGCUCAGAUGGUUAUCAGAAGAGAAGCAGCGACUAAACAACUGAAAGAUAAGAUUAUUCUUGAAACUGGAGGAAAAGGCAACAGCACCAUUGAGAACUAUAUCAGCUGUUGGGGAACGCAUUAUGAAAACUACUUUGGACACAUAUUAUUCGAAGAGGCCAAAAACGGACCUGAGGAUUAUGGUACCUUCACUGUGAAACAUUCUCUCCGACAAUGUAUGAAGAAAGAGGCCAAUGCUCACACAGGUCAAUGGCGAUCAGUAUCAGCAGCAGUCGACUGUGAACAUUAUAAACCAUCAGGAAACAAAAAAGAUCUUCAGGAAUUGAAGAGUAAUAUAGAAAUUUCAUACCGCCGCAGAAUGCUCUUUGGUAAUAUUAUGUUGCUCAAGAAAAUUCAUGAAACUCUCGCUGAGAAGUUGACACGAGUAGGCGGGAGAAACUAGACAAGAAUGUGAAUGUCCUGCUCAUGCUAGCAUCGGAAACGUGUAUUCUGCAUAUUACUGAAAUAUAUAUUGAUGUGCAGUGGAAUUCAUGAAAACAUUUACUUAAAUAACUCUUCUUUAUGUUAACGCUUACUGUCUGCUUUCUAAAUACAAUUUAAUCAAUCC